CAGAAACUACAUAUGCCCACCGACUUUAGGACUCAAAUGUGAAAAUCUCAUCAUCCUUGUCCUUUAAAUUUUCACAUAUUUCCAUGAGUAAAUCUCAAGCUCUGAAACCAAUGAUCCAUGGCAGCAACAUACCCACGGUGGAAGACAAUAGCAACAACAUCUUCUAGCGACUCUUCCGCACUUCCCUGUUGCUUAUUCUUCUCCACCAGUCCUAGCCCACGUACAAAACGAGGUCGCUUCGCUACUGUCUCUUCUUUGUUGCUGAAUCCUCAUGAAUAUCAUUUGGGUCCAGCAAAGAAGAAGAAAUCAGUGGAAAUUGGGAGACCCCAUCAGCAAACAGUCUCAAUUAUUCAUGAUGAGUGCAUCAGCAAGGCUAAGGUUAAGGCAAAGUUUGAUUGGAAAAAGAGCAUUCAGAAGGGAGCCAAGUCAAGGCCUUUGUGGAGGAGGGUUCUGUUUGCAUCCAAAAAGAUGAAAAGCAUCAUAUUGCUGAAUGUAGUCACCAUUGUCUACGCAAGCAACAUUGCAGUUGUGAAAGAGGUGGAAACUGUAAUGGACCCAGCAGCCUUCUCUGCAGUGCGAUUUGCUGUGUCAGCCAUCCCAUUCCUACCCUUUGUUUUUCGGGCACGAGGUGAUGUUCAGACCCGUAAUGCUGGGCUAGAGUUGGGACUGUGGAUCAGCUUAGGCUACCUUGUUGAGGCACUCGGACUACUCACAUCUGAAGCUGGGCGAGCAUCCUUUUUUUCGUUCAUUACAGUUAUUGUGGUACCUCUUCUUGAUUCAAUGUUGGGGGCAAUAGUACCUGCUAGAACCUGGUUUGGAGUUCUCAUGUCUGUACUAGGGGUUGCUAUGCUGGAAUGCAGUGGAUCUCCUCCUACCGUUGGAGAUCUUUUGAACUUCCUAAGCGCAAUAUUUUUCGGUAUUCACAUCCUUCGAACCGAACAAUUAUCGAGAAGCACAAAGAAAGAGAAUUUCCUGCCUCUACUUGGAUAUGAGGUGUGUGUUGUUGCUCUGUUAUCUACAUUCUGGUAUGUAAUUGGAGGAUGGUUUGAUGGAAUUCAAGAUUCUGACCAAGCAUCCUGGACAUGGGCAGUGCUGUGGGAUUCUAUGGUUGCGUUUCCAUGGAUUCCUGCACUUUAUACUGGUGUAUUUUCAACUGGAUUAUGCUUAUGGCUGGAGAUUGGUGCAAUGCGUGAUGUUUCAGCAACAGAAACAGCCAUAAUUUACGGCCUAGAACCGCUAUGGGGAGCUGGUUUUGCAUGGUUUCUCCUCGGUGAGAGAUGGGGCACAACGGGAUGGAUCGGAGCUGCUCUCUUACUGGGUGGAAGCUUAACAGUACAAAUGUUUGGAUCUUCAUCUUCCAGUGAAUCCAUAGGAGUUGAAGAUGGGGAUAAGGAAGUAGAUAUUCUUGUUUCGGAGAAGCAAAAGCUGCAGACUGGUCUCUCUGCUUCACCUGUAGUUAUUAUCAGCUCCAGAAAGGAUGUAAUUGACAUGUUAAAGAAGUGAUCAAGUUCUCCUAUAUUUCUCUAAGUUUAUGUAAAUUCUUUCACAAGUCCACAGGCUGCAGUGAUUAUCAUAUGUUCCUUUCCUAGUUUUCUCCAAGAUUUUUAAGGCUAAUGUGUACAUUUAUAGAUACAUUUUUUAUACUUGAGUACAGAAAUAUAAGGGUCAAAAGCUUUAUCA